UAUGUGGUUUAGUGGGCGGGGUCUGACGAACUUGCAGAUGAUUGACAGCUGCGCCGAGCAUCGGCUGGUUUUUGUGUACAUAAACUUUGAUCAGUUCUCUUCAGUGUUAUGGCUGCUCUGAUCAAACUCAUCUCGCCGUGGAGAUUUGACCGAUUCGUCCGACUUGCAUUCAUACCGUGUGUUCAGCUGCACAGCACAGCUUCAGUUAUGGGAGCAUCAGUGGAAGAUUUCAACACGGCCAAACAAAAACUGGGAACAUUGAAGAAGGAUCCAGGGAAUGAAGUCAAGCUCAAGAUCUAUGCUCUCUUUAAACAGGCCACACAAGGGCCCUGCAACACCCCUAAACCUGGCAUGCUGGACUUUGUGAACAAAGCGAAAUGGGACGCUUGGAAGAGUCUGGGGUCUGUGUCACAGGAGGAGGCCAGGCAGCAGUAUGUGGAUCUCAUCACGUCUCUGGUGGGAGCAGAACCCCCUGCAGUGGCAGCACAGCCCACCGGGAGCUCGAAGGCCUUCCAGACCCUGCUGGUCACCACAGAGAACAACAUCACCACCAUCCGCCUCAACAGACCCGAUAAAAAAAACGCCAUCACUGUAGAGAUGUACGAUGAGCUCAUUGAAGCUUUGGAUCUGGCUGGAAAAGACGAUUCUGUCAUUACAGUGAUGACAGGUAGUGGGGAUUAUUACUGCAGUGGAAACGACCUGAACAACUUUACAAAGAUCCCUGAGGGUGGAGUCGAGGAGAUGGCUAAAAAAUCUGGGGAGUUACUGAAGAGGUACGUAAAGGCGUACAUUGAUUUCCCCAAACCUCUGAUUGGAGUUAUAAACGGACCUGCGGUGGGUGUGUCAGUCACCCUGCUGGGACUUUUUGAUGUUGUUUAUGCCACAGAGAGGGCGACGUUUCACACACCCUUCAGUCAGUUGGGUCAGAGUCCGGAGGGCUGCUCUUCAUAUCUUUUUCCCAAAGUGAUGGGCGCAGCAAAGGCUAGUGAGAUGCUGUUGUUUAACAAGAAGCUGACGGCCACACAGGCCUGUGAACUGGGUCUGGUGACUGAGGUCUUUCCUGAAAGCUCCUUCCAGAGCGAGGUGUGGACCAGACUGAAGGCCUAUGCCAAACUGCCCAGGAACUCUCUGGCUCUGUCGAAGCAGCUGAUCCGCGGGGUGGAGAAAGAGAAACUUCACGCCGUGAACGACGCAGAGGUGGAGCGGCUGGUGGAGCGCUGGCUCUCAGAUGAAUGCAUGCAGGCCAUCAUGACCUUCUUCCAGGCCAAGUCUAAACUUUAAAGAGCCACUCAACAAGGAACAUACAGCCUCUUCUCAAAAUUAACUUCCAGGAGUUUUUACUUUUAACCCUACAUGCUGCAAACAACAGGAAGACCCGGCCAACUAAUCUAAACAUUGUGUGUUGUCUGAAAUUGUGUAAGAUUUGUUAGUAUUGGAUGAGACAUUUUUUAGUCAUUCUGUCAUAUCAUUUUAGAAUGAACAAAAUGAACCGUCUGUUUCAUUUACUGUACCAGAUGUGCACUUAGUAGGUUGCAACACUCAGUGCCUUACUAACGUGAAUGCAUUUGUAUAAAAUGGUCACACUUUAUGUUAGGUGGCCUACUAUGUACUAACAUUAAAUACAAAACUAUGGAUUUA